AUGGAGGCCAACUCAGACAUCAACACCGUUCUCACAAACUCGUUGUCUCCGGACAACGAGCUUCGCCAUGCCGCCGAGCAACAGCUCGCUCAGGCUGCUGAGAACAACUUUUCCCUGUACCUCGCCACCCUCGUCCAAGAACUAGCAAACGAGAGCGCCCAAGGUCAUAUCCGAGCAGCCGCCGGUAUCGCCCUCAAGAACGCCUUCACAGCCCGCGAGUUCUCUCGCCAAGCCGCGCUACAAGCAAAAUGGCUACAACAAACAGAUCAAGACACGAAGAACCGCGUCAAGGAGCUUGCCUUGCAAACGCUCUCGUCGUCGAACGCGCAGGCCGGCCAAGCUGCCGCCCAAGUUAUUGCGUCGAUUGCCGGGAUUGAGUUGCCUCGUGGUCAAUGGCAGGAGUUGAUGGCAUCCCUGGUUCGAAAUGUCAGCGAAGGUCAGCCCCACCAGAAGCAGGCUUCUUUGACGACCAUCGGUUUCAUUUGCGAGAUCCAAGACGCAGAGCUGAGGGCCGCCCUCGUUGCCCAGUCAAAUGCUAUCCUCACAGCUGUCGUGCAGGGAGCUCGAAAGGAAGAGGAGAACCUCGAGGUCCGGCUUGCCGCCAUCACCGCCCUGGGUGACUCGCUCGAGUUCGUCGGCAACAACUUUAAGCACGAGGGAGAGCGCAACUACAUCAUGCAGGUCGUGUGUGAGGCCACUCAGGCGCAGGACUCUCGGAUACAACAAGGCGCCUUUGGCUGCCUCAACAGGAUCAUGGGUCUUUACUACGAGAACAUGCGCUUCUACAUGGAGAAGGCCCUCUUCGGCCUCACCAUUUUGGGCAUGAAGUCGGAUGAUGAGGAUGUUGCCAAGCUUGCUGUUGAAUUCUGGAGCACCGUGUGCGAGGAGGAGAUCGCUAUCGAGGAUGACAAUGCCCAGGUUGAGAGCUCCGACCAGAUGCGCCCGUUCUACAACUUCAGCCGCGUCGCAACUAACGAGGUCGUACCUGUCCUCCUCACCCUGCUCACGAAGCAGGAUGAGGAUGCGUCGGACGACGAGUAUAACAUCUCACGUGCCGCGUACCAAUGCCUGCAGCUCUAUGCCCAGGCCGUUGGCGCUACCAUCAUUCCUCCCGUCAUUCAAUUUGUCGAGGCAAACCUCCGGUCUGAAGACUGGCAUAGCCGUGAUGCUGCCGUCUCUGCAUUUGGCGCAGUUAUGGAAGGUCCUGAUGAGAAGGUUCUCGAACCAAUCGUCAAGUCUGCUCUGCAGAUCCUCAUCACCAUGAUGGAUGAUCCUUCUCUCCAUGUCAAGGACUCGACCGCCUUUACCCUUGGUCGGAUCACCGAGAACUGCUCUGAGGCUAUAGAUCCGUCUCAGCACCUGGACCCUCUGAUCCGCUCGCUGUUUGCCGGACUCACCAGCAACCCCAAGAUGGCACCUUCUUGCUGCUGGGCCCUCAUGAACCUGGCGGAGCGCUUUUCAGGAGACAUGGGCGCCCAGGCUAACCCUCUUACCCAGCACUUCAACUCUGCCGUUUCUGACCUCCUGGCCCUCACUGCCCGACAUGACUGCGAGUCGUCGGUCCGUACCGCAGCAUAUGAGGUGCUGAACGCGUUCGUCACUUACUCGGCCCAGGAGAGCCUGCCAGCCAUCGCCUCGCUGUCUGAUGUCAUUAUCAAGCGUCUUGAGGAGACCGUGCCGAUGCAAAACCAGGUCGUGAGUGUUGAAGACAAGAUCACCCUCGAGGAUAUGCAGACCAGUCUGUGCAGUGUCCUGCAGGGUAUCGUUACUCGCUUGGACAAGGAGAUUCUGCCCCAGGGCGACCGCAUCAUGCAGGUCUUGCUUGCUAUCCUCGGCUCUGUUGGUGGCAAGUCCAGCGUUCCCGAGGGUGUCUUCGCAGCUAUCAGCAGCCUAGCCAACGCCAUCGAGGAAGAGUUUAUUAAGUACAUGGAGGCAUUUGCACCCUUCUUGUACAACGCCUUGGGUAACCAGGAAGAGCCAAGUCUGUGCUCCAUGGCUAUCGGCCUGGUGAGCGACAUCACUCGCUCUAUGGGAGAGCGUAGCCAACCGUUCUGUGACAACUUCAUGAACUACCUGCUCAACAAUCUCAGGAGCACUACUCUUUCCAACCAGUUCAAGCCGGCUAUUCUUCAAUGCUUCGGAGAUAUUGCUGGUGCCAUUGGCGGCCAUUUUGAGACGUACCUCUCAGUCGUGGCUCAGGUUCUGCAGCAGGCUGCUACUGUCACUGCUGCAGCUGAGGGCUCAUACGAGAUGUUUGAUUACGUCGUCUCUCUGCGAGAGGGUAUUAUGGACGCCUGGGGUGGCAUUAUUGGUGCCAUGAAGGGCAGCGGCAAGACUCAAAUCCUUCAACCUUUCGUGCCGUUCAUCUUCCAGCUCCUCAACAUCAUUGCAGGCGAUGCCAACCGUAGCGAGUCUCUGAUGAGGGCUGCUAUGGGCGUCAUUGGUGAUCUUGCUGAUGCUUACCCCAACGGGGAGCUUGCCGAUGUCUUCCGCCAAGAGUGGGUCACGGCCAUGAUCAAGGAGACGCGUAGCAACCGCGACUUCCAGCCGAGGACCAUCGAUACCGCUCGCUGGGCACGCGAGCAGGUUAAGCGCCAGAUUGGUGGUACCGUCAACGUCAUGCAGCAGACUUGA